GUGCGUGUCCUGCGAACGGCUGUGUGUCUGGUCAGAACUUGAACGCACCAGAGCCAGACUGUUGUCAAGAGAAACGUUGCUAACCUUAACUUAACAAACGACUGAUCGCUAACAAGUGAAGAAAAUGCUUGGGUAUAUCUGGCAGUAUGUCUACACGUCUUUCCUGAGAUACUGGCUGAAGUGGUUACUCAGACAGGCAACAGGGACAUGUGAGCUGCAGAGAAUAUGCUCCGGUUACAAGCCUGGGGCAACAAGGACAAUAAAAGCAGAAUAUUCUCUCCGGUCAUCAAAGAACAUGGUUUUAAGAGGAGCUUUGGAAACCAACAAGGAUAAUUUAGACCAACGUGUGGAUCAAAUUAUGAAAGAGAAGAAUGUCAAACCCCAAAAAGAUCCACUGUUCAAGGAGAGCCUACGCAUCUGUCUGUUACAGAUAACUGGAAACAGCAGCCUGUAUGUUUCUGUAGAAGACUUGAGAAAGGAGGUCUUCAACUCAGAGAACCAGGAACACGAGGCCAUGCUGUUGAAGCUGUGGGACCUGUUAAUGCCGACAGUCAAACUGGAGUCAAGGAUUACCAAACAGUGGGGAGACAUCGGAUUCCAAGGAGACGACCCUAAGACUGACUUCAGAGGAAUGGGCCUGCUUGGCCUCAUCAACCUUGUUUUCUUCAGUGAAAACUACACAGAGGAGGCUCGUCAGGUGUUGUCUCAUGCAAACCAUCCUAAACUGGGGUAUUCAUACGCCAUUGUUGGGAUCAACUUGACAGAAAUGGCCUACAGCCUCCUGAAGAGCGGCGCUUUGAAACCCCAUUUCUACAACACAGUACUGGGCACACCUGAGCUCCGGCACUUUCAUCAGCUAUACUGUUAUCUGGCAUACGAAUUUGAUAAAUUCUGGGUGGCAGAAGAACCAGAAAGCAUCAUGCAGUUCAAUCAGUACAGAGAAAAAUUCCAUAACAUCGUCAAGACACAUCUACAGGACCCUGAUGUCAAACUCACACUGACUGUCGGCUCUAAAAACUAACAUUAUUCAGAGAUAUUCCCUCACUUUCCUCUGUCCCCUGAUGUUGUUUGACCAGGUAAAAGAAGGGAAGAAGCAUAAGCGAUGCUGAACAUUAAACACAUGAAAAUCAGACUGAAGCUGGUUGGUCCCUCAGAAAUUCAAACAAAUGAAUCCUGUUAUAUUUGGUUUUGUGGUUCAUUAGUCACGCUCUGUUCAUCUUGUUUCAGUGUUUUUAAAAUAGAGCACAAAUCUGACACCCUAUACCUCAAAAAAAUGACCAUUCCAGUGUUUAAUUAACCUUCGUGAAGAGGAAGUGAGAGCUGCUUCAAAGGACUACAGAGAUAAUUGGUCCGUCUUUGGUGAGGAUUUAAGCACUUUUCAGUGAGCAAGCAGCCAAAUUGUCGCAAUUAUUUAAAAAUGGUGAUUAACUACGAGGUGUGUAGCCAUCUUGUUUAUAUUUAUGUGAACAAGACUUAUGUAUUCUCACAGUUGUCCCGCUCAGGAAUUUGAUUUUAAUGUCCAGAGACCAUGGCUAAACGUGUGCAUGUUUUAACGUGUCCCUGUUGAUGACAUCUGUAUUCUGCAAUAUCGGUGAUGUGGAACGCAAAAUGAUUCUUUGCCUCCGUUUUCAUAAAUUUGUAUGUCUACAGACUGCAUUUUUAUUACCUGUUAUUUUUAUGGUGUGAUUUGCUUUUGAGGAAGGUAUGUAAUAACACAUCUGACUCAAAGUUAAUAAAU